UAAAACACGAUCAGGAUGUUUGAUAUUCUGUGCUAAAGGUUACCCAGCUCCCCGCAGCCUACUAUAGGCCACUGUUGAAAGAUUGUUUGCCGUUAAAAUGGUUUUGUAAAAUUGAUGGUCGAUGUUGAACCAACUUUUGCAGCAUAGUUUCAAACUGUAAAAGAGCUUCAAAAAUAUACGUAUUCGAAAUAGUUAAAUGUACAGCAGGGUGGGGGAGAUGGGACACUUUUAGCAAGUAAUAUCCUAAAAUCAUCGUGUUUAAAGCAGUUAACAAUGAUUUAUGGAAAUCGUGAAGAUACGGUUUUAUAAUUCUUUUAAUGAUCUUUGUUAGCUUCCGAAUUAGGCGAUAGAGAUAGAAUGAAAAUGUGUCCAAUGUUUCCCCACCCUACUAUACUUAAAUUCGUUUGGUGAGCAUGUACACAAUGUAGUAUUCUGUUUUUACUUAUAUAUGUAAGUUUGUUUAAAGCAUUGCUUGUACGUAACAGUGAUGAACCUACUAACUUUGCACUGAGCAGUUGAUGUUGUGAUACAACUGGUAUGCCAGUAGUAGUGCAUUUGUUGUUGAGCUGAACGAAUGAAGUGUGAAUCAUAACACGGAUCACCAGCAGAGGCGGUGACCUGUCAGCCGCAGACAGCAUUGCCAUUUAACUUUCUGCCAGUCGCAUUUGUUAAAAUAUUGACCUGUAUAUGUUUUCGUUUCAGGAACUUGUCAUUGUGUAUUAUUGUGUCGCCAAUUUAGUAGCAGGAAAGGAGUCAUUGCUUCCUGCUAUAAACACAAACAAGUUUCCUUAAGUGGUGGUACUACAUGGUUUGUUUAUUGCGCUUUAUGUUAACCGUAGCUCAGAUCACCCGGAAGCAAUAGAAAAACUUAUAGGUUUUCGUUAAGCCCAGAGGCAAAGCCUAUUUCUGAGUAAGUGUAGCUAGCAUGAACGAAGUGCAGAUAUCGCUAAACCUAAUUAAAGGUCUCAGGAGACGAGUUAUUAUAGGACUUCAGAUUACGCCGCAUAGUAAAGUUUUGAGAAAGCGAGGAUAUUUAUCAUUGUUUGCCAGCUUAAGAAUGCAUUAAACCGCUGAUUCAAUGUUGUAUUUGUUGCACGAUGUUUGCCAGGUUAAUUGUUCAGUAGUUCAAACCUAUUCAGAUAGCGCGCUUAAGCGGGUUUAUUUAUAGAUUGACCACAGCACGCAUGUGGCCCGAUUCUAAAGUCUAAACUAAUACCUUCGUCGGUUGGCUGACGCCUUAGUUAAUAGCUGUAAGCUCCUACAAGAGUUAACGAAAUAAGGCCAUUUUUGACAACAACACAUAGAAAUGUUUUAAAACUGUUUGCCAAGUGUUUUUAUUAAAAAAAGGUGGCAGGGCAGUGGUUAGGUAAUUUAUUACCAAGAGAUAUUGAAAUACUUUUUACAUAGGUGCGCGAAUAGAUUUAACCGGCAGACGGUUUCCACCUUUGUUUGAAACAUGGGUGACUCUGAUCUAUUGAAAAUUGGCACUGGUUUUGGCAGUUUUCAGAAGCGGCUUGUCGCCCUACUCAUUCUCAGCGCCUACCCCCAUGGUUUACAUAUCUUAGUCACGGUGUUUAUCACUUACACUCCACGUCAUCGGUGCUUUGUUCCCGGAGUUGAUGAUGUUAUGACGGCUUCGCAAAACGGAAGUGGAACGAACACAACAUUAUUUCUAGAAAAUUCCAAAAAUGACCUUUUACGUGAUUACAUCCCUUGGAAUGACGACACGCAGUGGUGGGAACAAUGUCUGCGUUACGUCAACACCAGUGACGUCACAGCGAGCGACUACAACUCUACUACGGAUAUUGUAGUGACGUCACCAUGCGACCACGGAUGGAUUUACGAACUUGAACCCGGUGUUACGUCGGCAUCUACUGAGUACAACUGGGUAUGCGACCGAACAUGGUAUAAAACGCUUGCAAUGACACUGCAGAUGGCGGGUAUGAUGGUUGGGUCGUUAGUUGGAAGUUUACUGUCCGACAGGUACGGCCGGCGAGCCGCAUUCUUAUCUAACUACGCCCUUGCUGUGAUCGCCAUUUCUGCAUUAGCGUUUAACCCUCUAAUGUAUGGCAUUCACGUGCUGCUAUUCUUAGAUGGCUGGGCAAUUAUCGUACGAGGUUUCGCCGUCAUAGUGUUAGUUACCGAGAUGCUCCCAAGCAAAUGGAGAGACGCAACAUCAGUUGUUCAUACCAUAGUCUUUUCGUUGGGAUACGCCACGCUACCACUAAUUGCAUACCUCGCCAAAGACUGGCGGUGGACGAUGGCUAUUUGUGGCGGUAUUGGGCUCUUGUUGCUACCCGCUACAUUAUUUGUUCCCGAGUCUUUGGGCUGGUUGCUGCAAAACAACCGUCUAAAACGUGCCAGGAAACUCGCUCGUCGCAUUGCUACGGUUAACCAGAUGCCUGUCGACACCACAAAGCAUUUAUUUAAAGAAUUUGACUAUAAUACACAAGAGCACGAAUUAAAGCCAAUGUCCGAUGCUAAUGCAACCGAUACGAACCGACAAGAUGGCGAGGAACGUCUGGUUGUGUCAAAACCGAACAACUCAGACAAGCUGAGUGCAAGAAGAUACUCAUACAUUCAUUUAGUGCGGUAUCCAUACCUGCGUUAUAGGAUUUUAAUAUACUGCAUUUGCUGGUCGUCAGUGAAUCUUUGUUAUUUUGGGCUUUCUCUUAACACAAAUCAACUAAAUGGGAACAGGUACCUAAACUUCUUUUUUGCUGCGCUUGUCGAGCCACCGGCAAGUCUUUUGUGUUUGUUCCUGAUUCGAAAGCUUGGCAGUCGGAUCGCUUUCGCCGUUCAAAUGUCUAUUGCUGGUUUGCUCCUGAUAGUAACGCCUCUACUUCAAAACGUAUUCGCAGUACACGAUGAGCUCUCAGUUGCAACAGCGGUCCUGGGCAAAUUAUUUGUUGCUGGUGGCUACACAUUAGUCUUCACAUGCACCGGCGACUUGUUUCCUACACUCUUGCGUAACCAGGCAUACGGUGCUAGUUCCUUUGUAUCGAGAAUGGUGGCGUUACUUGUACCCUACAUUCUUUAUAUUGGUGAAACUACUGACCCAUCAAUACCUUAUAUAGUAAUGGUGGCCACGGCUAUCACGUCUUCAGCUAUUGUAUUGCUACUGCCUGAAACUAAAGGACAGCAACUACCAAACACAUUCCAAGAAUCAAAAGCGUUCAAAAGCAGUAUUAAAUGUCACAGAAGAUCUGAAGCGUAAAGAAGUUACGACAAGACUUGUUAUUACAUCUCCUUACAAAGAAUGUAUUUUUCUGCAACACAAACAAAUAGAAUGAAAUUAUGUUUUUAUUAAACUUUGUUUUCGUCGUCUUGCAACUUGUCGUGAAAUAAAACAGCGCUUAAUUUUUUUU